AUGUCAACAUCCACGAGCAAACCCGGCGGUUCGCUCUCGGACCUGCCACCUCUCCGACGCCUUGUCACUGGCCACGACGCUUCUACAUCUAAAGCUGUGGUACAAUCGGCCACAGACUUCGCUUGGCAACCGUAUGAUGACAACCAGAUGGCUUUCUCCGUUGUCUAUACCACAUCACAAUUUCCCGCCGACCUUAACAACGACGCCGAUGUUCAGACACAUGACUCGUUGAUGUCCUCCAGCAAACUUGGUCUGGUCAACCCAAACGGCACAGUGAUACGCUGCGUAGACUUCGCGCCAGGAUAUCGCUGUGGCAUGCAUCGCACGCAAAGUCUAGAUUAUGGAAUUGUGCUAGAGGGCGAAAUCGAUAUGGUCCUGGAUUCAGGGGACGUCGAGCACAUGAAAAGGGGGCACGUUGCAGUGCAGAGAGCAACGAACCAUCAGUGGGUGAAUACAAGUAAAACGGAGUGGGCACGCAUGAUGUUCGUGCUGCAGGAUUGUAAGCCUUUGCAGGUUGGUGGGAAGAGUUUGGGUGAAGAUUUAGGAAAGGAUCUCGGCUUCUUGCCUGAAAGUGGAAACUAG